CCGCUCGAUGAAAGUAGAGCUGGAAAGCAGGCGAACCGGCUCGCACCGUUAUCCAUCUUCCGGUCGCGCGCAUUACUACUAGCUGUAACUCCUCGCGCUGCUGCUGUCGAGUGACAAGCGCUCGGAGGGUGCGGAGGAGAGAGGGGGAGAAGAGGGAACCGGCAGGGACAAUGGGACUGGGCUCGUGCUGUUAAACCCGCAGAGACACGCGCGUAACGGUGACAUGGACCAGAAGUGAAGUUUGGAGUCUCUGCUGCGAGGAUUACACCUGACCGGUCCGGUAAAGAGCGCGAGCUCAGAGUUUUGUCAAAGGGAAUAACCUCCUAUUGUCCAGUGUAGGUGUGAUGGCGCGCGCGCACAGCCGCAUGCGGAGCUGGCAGGUGCUCCUGACCAUCUCAGCUGUCUUCAUCCCUCUGUGUGUUCACGGGAGGCAUUCUCUAGUCAGGCGGCAUCAUCACCACAACCACUCAACUGUCAACAAAGAGGCCUUGGACACCCGGAUGGUUCUUAGUGAUGACUCAGCGGAGAGGGAGCACCUGAUUGGAGCAGGGGUUGGAGCCAAACAUCCACACACCAGACACCAUCAUUCUCAUAAAAGCCACUAUCUUGAUUUGGUAGAACAGCCUGCGGCGGAGGAGCUAACCGCUGGAGGAGCUGGGCCAGACCAACCUGGGAACCCUUUAUCCGAUGACAUCAUCAAGGUGGAGUUUCACAGUCCCGCGCCAGACGUUGUGCCCGCCGACGAUGCUUUAGAUUGGGCAAAAGUCCCCAAACCUCAAAAGCAGAAAGGCGGAGAUCCCACUGCUACAUGGACGAUGGCAGAGAUUUACGACUACCUGUCUCCUGACAACGAAUUCUCAGCGGUAGAUACAACCCCAGAGCCCGAGCCCACCCCUUCACCCCCAGCUGACAUGGAAGAUGAGAAUCCACUCCUGGCUGGCUCCCCGUCAAAACCCGAAAAUGAAAAGCCAAACAUGGACAGCGGGUCAUCUUUACCAGCUCCUCCCAUGCUAGGCGCAGAGAGGGAAGAGGAGUUUGGUUUGGGUGGCGCCGUGGGUGCAGACGGCUGCAGGCUGGGCUUUGUGCUGUCUGGACCUGGAGUUUGUGUUUCAGAGUGUGACAAUGAACCCAACUUCUGCUUGAACGGAGGGAUGUGCACAGUGGUGGCAGGGGUGGGAGCCUUCUGCAGGUGUAAUGUGCAGGACUACAUCUGGAACAAAGGUCUUCGCUGUGAAUGGGCCGUCACAGAGUUCCAGGUGUUGUGCGUGGUGGUGGCCGUGGCCUCUUUUGUGUUCCUCCUGCUCUUCAUGAUCGUCGUGUUCUUUGCCAAGAGCCUGUACCGCCUCAAGAGCGAGAACAUACGCCUUCGCAAGCGCAGUAAGUACCGCCCACAGAGCACCGAGCCACAGACAGACGGGCUCUCGGUUUCAACGACAGCCGACGGCUCGCAACCAAAUGUAAGGAAACUGUGCGACACCCCUCCGCCCGCUCCUCAAACUCAUACUCACAACCUGGCGUACUAUGACAACAUUAUCUGUCAGAAUGAUCCCCAGAAGAAGGACAACCAAGACAAGUCCCCUCAACCCAACGAAGAGGGGUCAAUGAACAUCCUCAACUCCCACUCCCCAAAACAAGAGAACAACCGCCCUGCCUCUGCUGUCCUCGGCCACACCCCCAACAACACAGGGGAGAAUGCAGAGGAUGGAGUCACUAUUGGUCUGGAGGUGCUUCUGCCCAAAGAGGCCAAACUUCACUUGGACACCAGCUCACCACUUCAGUAUGACGUCUUCCUCUACAAGAUUGCCAACAAUGGAGACUCCGCCUCUCACAGCCAAGCUCCUCCCCCUCACUCAUCCACCUCUCAUGUCAUUUCGAAGUCACCCAAGUCCCCAAAGCAAACCAAGGCACAACCAUGUAUUAACUGUGAACCAGAGUCUGGGAGGCACUCCUCACCUAGUCGCCACCCCCACUUAGUGCAUGGGGGUUAUCCCCCCACCUCUUCCUCCCAGCACAAAUGCAUGUCCACCUCUGCCUCCCCUCUGCUACACAGAGGUCAGGCUCCUGGCACAGAGCACUCUGGGGGUCGGAGAGACAACCAGAGCGGACGCAUUCGCCCAUCUCCUUCGUCGCCUCACCUCACUCAGCCUCCUCCAUCACCAUCCGGGAUGAAGAAUUAUGCAGUCAGCACCCAUUCUCUGCCACCCUGACCUGACAGCUCCCCAGUCCAUCCCAGUAUCCACACAUUCAAAGCACAAACUUCUGUUCUAAUCUAUUC